AAUAUCCACUGUGACAGGCUAACCCAACGCAAACAAAAACGACAAAUCCGUCGUCGAGCCCCGAAAGGCCAAAAAUAAAAAUGCGCUUAUAAAUAAUUCAAAUAAAACAUUUUGCCGGUGGCGCAGUGCAACAUCGUCAGCCAAACCUGCAGACUUAGGGAAUAUAAAAUGUCACUUAACAUAUUCUCGAUUAACCAUUAACGUUUCAAUUAAAUCAGUGAGAAAAACAAGUGAAUCUCGCUCGGCACAAUGGAUAGAACAAUGUACGGGAAGAUCGAUCCGGGUGCUCGGCAACCCUAUCGCACAGCCCGAAGCAAGGGUAUCCUGCCAGGAUAUGCUCUAUUAGCCGACCUGCAAAACAGUGUGCCAGGCCAGCCGCAGCAGCCCCAGCCGCAAUAUGGAACUGUCCAGCCCAAACACCAACCUCUGCAGCAACAGCAGUUUGUGGAUAACACUCCAGGUUAUGGAAGUCUCAGGGGCAAAGCCCAGCCUCAGGUGUAUCAAGAGCACUAUAGCGUAGAAACACGCUCCCCAACGGCAGGACAUGAUUUUAAUGGCUCCUCCACGACUCCGGGAUACGUUAACCAGGGAUCUCUGCCACGUCAGGCGGCGGGAGCAACCACAGGACUCUCAGAACUGGACUCCUUGCUGCAGGAUCUGCAGAAAAUCGAUGUACCGGUCAACUACAGUACUCCAGUUUCUAAAUACAAUACGAUGAAUAGUUAUGCCACCGUGGAGGAGCGUCCUACGAUGGACAGCCUGCUGAAUGAACUGGACAAUGCUCACAUCUAUGCUGUUCCUAACGGAUCUGCACAUAAAUCUCCGACGCCGGGACGCCAUGUCACCAUCACCGUUCGGGAAACGAAGACAGAGAAGCUGACGGGUCCUGAUGGACCAGUUGGUACUGUCGAGGAGCAAGUUGUGCAGCAGAAGGACUCUUAUACGCCCAACCAUGCUGUUCCAGGACAACAAGUGCAUCAGGCUUAUACGUCGCAGGCCACCAAGGAACUGGAUGAUCUGAUGGCUUCACUGUCCGACUUCAAGGUUAGCAACGGAACGAACGGCAUCGGCAACGGAAGUCAUCCGCAACAGCACUCGUCGACAGUGCAGCACCAGACGGUAACCGACUACGCCAGACCAAACAAGGGUAGCCAGCAGGCGCAUCUCACCCAGACGAUCGAGGAGACGACCAUCGUCGAGGACAGUCGCGAGGAUCAGUUGGAUUCUAUGCUAGGCAAUCUACAGGCCAAUAUGAGUCGCCAAGGAGUCAAUACCGUGCAGAAGGGCUGCUGCAAUGCCUGCGAGAAGCCCAUUGUGGGCCAGGUGAUCACAGCCCUGGGCAAGACAUGGCAUCCGGAGCACUUUACGUGCAACCACUGCAGCCAGGAGUUGGGCACCCGCAAUUUCUUCGAGCGCGACGGCUUCCCGUACUGCGAGCCGGACUACCACAACCUGUUCAGCCCGCGCUGCGCCUACUGCAACGGCGCCAUUCUGGACAAGUGCGUCACCGCGCUGGACAAGACCUGGCACACGGAGCACUUCUUCUGCGCCCAGUGCGGCCAGCAGUUCGGCGAGGAGGGAUUCCAUGAGCGCGAUGGCAAGCCGUACUGCCGCAACGACUACUUCGAGAUGUUCGCCCCGAAGUGCAACGGAUGCAACCGCGCCAUCAUGGAGAACUACAUCUCGGCGCUGAACUCGCAGUGGCAUCCGGAUUGCUUCGUCUGCAGGGACUGCCGACAGCCCUUCCAGGGAGGAUCCUUCUUUGAUCACGAGGGACUGCCGUACUGUGAGACGCACUACCAUGCCAAGCGAGGAUCCCUGUGUGCAGGGUGCUCAAAACCCAUCACCGGACGCUGCAUCACGGCCAUGUUCAAGAAAUUCCACCCGGAACACUUCGUCUGCGCCUUCUGCCUGAAGCAAUUGAAUAAGGGCACUUUCAAGGAGCAGAAGGACAAGCCAUACUGCCACACCUGCUUCGACAAGAUCUUCGGAUGAACUCGCAGCUGCCAAACUCUAGUUACGCAUAUAAUACUGUUUUUUAUACGAUUUACGAACCCAACCCCAAUCCCACACCCCUACACCCGUACACCUACUUACUGUGCAUCUGUGCUUUGUAUAACCGAGUCAAUUUAGUAAUUUAAUUAACGCCAUCCGAGCAGGAUACGAUAAUAGAAUGCGAUCGUAAUCAAUUAGCAGAUACUAAUCCUAAUCAUUAAUGUUGGUCACUUUGAUAUUGCUACUCGUUCGACAAGAAAAGACCAUAGAACCGAAUGAUAAAUAAAUAAGAGAAACCAUAA